AGAUUCGGCCGAAUUGAGGCUCGGGGUGUGUACUAUAGCCAAAAAUUUAAUUCGACCGGGUCCGGUUGUAACGCCUAUGAAGGGACGCAAAUGAAUGAGCUUAACAUGUGAAAACAGUGAAAUAUAUUCCAUCAGCGAUAGCACUUGUUUCGAAGAAGAAAUGAAAAUUAUAAAAUGUCGAAUUAUUCGCUAGUCAACAAAUUGACCUAGUAGCUAGUGUAGAUAGAAGUGGAGUGAACAUGUUGCGUGAAAAUGUAAUGCCGAACUCGUAUACUUACAUGAAAACUCUGAUUUUACUCCUUUUAUUCCUUACUCAAAUAAUGAUGGUAUUUCCCGAACAAGACGAAGACAUACCACAUAACGAAGUUAAAAAUUGGGCCUUACAAUUUGGAGUAGAUCUUUGGGAAUAUGGAAAGCUCAUGACUCGAAUGAAAGAGCUUCAAAAGGAAUACCACGAUCUUGAGAUAAACGUCAUAAGAAAAGAUGGGCUCAUAUUGAUAAGAGAAAUGGCAAUGGAAGUUAAAAAUAUGAUGGAUUUCAAAAUGAGUGCAGUAAUGAGAAUAAUGGAUUCAGCCGAACAAGCAGCUCUUACUCCUCGCUCAGAUAAUGGUCAACCAUUUCGAUUUUAUAACGCUAAAAGACUGAACGCAUUCGGUGAUGAUGGCAAACCAGCCGAGGGUACCAGAGAAAUGAUACUCACCCCAAAUGCUCAUUUUGAUCAUCUUCCUGUUAAUACUAGUCUUAGUUCAAUACUUAUGCCUAACAGUAUUUCAGAUUCUGACCCUGAUGUUAUGAACGCAAUACAAUGGUCAGAAAAUUUAGAUCCUUUGUUUAUUAAUAAUUAUGAAGGGGAUCCUUCUUUAUCGUGGCAGUUUUUUGGAAGCUCAAGUGGUUUUUUACGAAGAUAUCCAGGAAUUGCUUGGCCUCCAGAUGAUACAAUUUCUAAUGUCUGGCAAAGGCCGAGAGGUGAUAGAAAUGUGUAUGAUUUUCGGUCAACUGCUUGGUAUGUGAACGCCGCAACUUCUCCUAAAGAUUUAGUUAUAUUAGUUGAUAAUUCUGGAUCUAUGACUGGACAUAGAGCUAAUUUGGCGAGAGCUACUGCAGAAGCUAUCUUAGAAACGUUAUCAGAUAACGAUUUUGUAAAUAUUUUCGCAUUUUCUGAUUCUACGCAAGAAACAGUACCUUGUUUUAAGGAUCAAUUGGCUCAGGCAAACAAUGAAAAUGUUAAGUAUUUAAAAGACUCUUUAACUGCGCUGAAGCCAGAAAAUAUUGCCAAUUUUACUUCGGCUUUAAUAACUGCAUUUGAAAUUCUUCAAAAGUAUAACCGAUCAGGUCAAGGGUGCCAAUGCAAUCAGGCAAUAAUGUUGAUCACAGACGGUCCUCCAUCAUAUUACAAAGAUAUUUUUAAGUUGUACAAUUUCCCCCAUAGUCCAGUGCGAGUAUUCACGUAUCUAAUCGGAAAAGAUUCUAGCAGUGCAAGUCAAAUGCAUUGGAUGGCAUGCGCACAUAAAGGGUACUAUACUCGAAUACAACAUUAUGAUGAAAUAAAAGAAAAAGUUUUGCAUUAUAUAGAAGUAAUGGCCAGACCAAUGGUUAUGUACCAAUAUGAUCACCCUAUAUAUUGGACACCUGCGUACGUUGGGGGCAGAGCUGACAGUUUUUCUGAUGACAAACGUGGACAACUUAUGACCACUGUGACAACUCCAGUAUUUGAUCGAAGGAAUCAUUCUGUGCGUGUCGCAAAUGUUUUAGGAGUAGUUGGUACAGACGUUUCCAUAGAUCAAAUUAAGAAAUUGGUUCCUUCAUACAAACUCGGAGUGAAUGGUUAUUCAUUUAUUGUUAAUAACAACGGUCACGUAUUAUAUCAUCCUGAUUUACGACCAUUGGAGAGUAAUGAUCUGUAUGAAGAUACAUUGGAACCUAAAUACUUAUCUGUCGAUUUGACAGAAGUGGAAUUAGUAGAAAAUGAAAACGGUCCUAGAGAAAAUCAUACCCUUCUUCUAGAUCUCAGACAUGAUAUGAUUAAUCAAAAAGAAGGAGAAAUUGAGAUCGGUAUUAAAGUCCAUUACGACAAUAUGAGACGAGUAACUACGAGGAGGAAUAAAUAUUUUUAUAAUCCCAUUGAGGGAACACCGUUUUCUUUAGGCCUUGCUAUUCCGGAAGGAUAUGGCAUGUAUGAACUUUUGGCCGAACAAGAGAUAAAGCAUAGUCAAAAGAAUGUGAGUGACUAUUUUAAGGGUGAUAACUGGCGAGUCCAUCCAGACUGGGUCUACUGCGAGUAUACUAGUGGUACUUCAGGAGAACAGUGGUUUAAAACUGCCGAAGAAAGAGUACUGCAUUUUCUUCUGAGAAGUCGUAGACCUGGUUGGAAAUGGAUGUCUUUACGACCCAGAUCACCCUUACAGAGAGAACAUCACCAUACAUCAACAAAGCAAGACAAGGACGCUUACUAUUGUGACAAGACAUUAUUACAGUCUUUAGUCUUGGACGCAAUGGUAACUGAAGGUUUGGAAAAACAUCCAGUGCGUUCUGACAAACACCCUAUUGGCAACCUUAUGGUACAAUGGUAUGGUACAAGUCAAGGAUACGAAAUAUUUGGAUCUACCUUGUCUUUCGUUGCAACUAGAAGUGGUUUAUUACGAUGGACCAAUUUAACAGACAUCAAAUCUAAUGAACCUCACUUCAGCGAGAACAACGUUCGAGCUAUGGACGAGACUUGGUAUAAAAGAGCUGUGGACCAGCAUUCAAUAGAACCUGAAAGUUUCGUUUUUUCUGUACCUUUUGAUAUUGGAUCAUAUGGAAAACCAUUAAUAACAGCAACACACGCUGUUUUCGUCGAGCAUAAUGGUCACAGAGCACCAGCGGCUGUAGUAGGAUUACAGUAUCAGCAUUCCACUCUAGCAUCUCACUUUUUCAAUAUAACUUCGAAAUGUACAGGCUCAAAUACUUGUAAAAAAACGUGCGCUAGUGAUAAAUUAGACUGUUACGUUUUGGAUAACAACGGAUUUGUAAUUAUUUCUGAAGAUACUGAAGAUACUGGUCGAUUCUUCGGCCAAAUAGAUGGAACAAUAAUGGAUUCUCUCGUUCAAGAUAGAAUUUACGUUAAAAUUCCAGUAUACGAUUAUCAAGGAGCUUGCUCCAAUAGUAAAUUUCACUUCAGUGGUAGCUCAAAUCAAAUUUCAAUAUUUAAACCUAUAAAGACAGCCCUCGCUAUUCUUCUACAAACAUUGCUUGUGCUGUUCUCAAAAAUUAGCACUGUGUACUCCACGGCUCUAGCUUAUAAUCGCGAGGAUCCAGAUGAUAUGGUGGAUAUUUAUUCCGACUACGAUAUCGAGCAGUAUCCAACUGAAGAAGACACACCAGACGAAUUAGAUCCGAUAUUUUCUCCUCCUUCUAAUACUUACUCUCCAUCCUUCAUACCACCAUACGAAUCUGAUCCAAUGGAAGGAGUAGAUAUGGGACAGUUCGGAGUUAGACCAUGUGAUCGCAAAGUAGACUUGUAUAUUUUACAACCAGAAAAGUUGAAUACUAGUGGCCAAAGCAAUCCUUUAAAAGGAAAGCUCACUAAUUGUCAUAGUAGCGGCUGUGAAAGACCAUUUAGUGUACAAAAGAUACCACAUAGUAAUUUGAUUUUGCUGGUGGUAGAUACCGUAUGUUCCUGUGGUAGUAAACAAUUAAGUAUUAUACCUCAAGAGAUUAGUUAUGAAAAUAAAAAUGGGGGAUGUUUACAUAAGCCAAAAGAUAGUUUGUACAGGAAAAGACCACCAAAAUGUAUCAAUUAUCAUCCCGAGGAAACGGAGAUUCAUAUCUGCGGGAAGUCAUCGAUGAUAUCUUUUAACACUUUCGCAUUGUUGUUAGGUUUUGCAAAUUGCCUUGCCGCUUUUCUAUCGUGAUUGAAUCCACAUCAACUUUAGUUUUAUCACAAAUAAUGACUUUGGCGUUCUGAUAGCAUAACGCCAAGUAUAAUUUAUACUAGUUAUAAAUUUAUUACGUAAACUCAUUUGCGAAUAGGUUAAGUAGGUAACGUUUUUAUAUUGAUAAAGUCAAAUGGUAAUAGUUAAAUUUUUAAUAUAAUUUAUAAGAUAGAGAAGUAAUUUUUGAUGUACAUAUCAAAAGUUGUAGACAGUGAUUUUUCGAAACGAUAUAUAUUUUUGAAAAAACACUACAGGUUCCAAAUUUUUAAAAACUUCUUACUGUUAACUUCUUAUAAAUAUGUGAAAAGAAAAAGUAUUUCUGUACAAUUAUUAAUACUUUAUUUGGCAAUGCUUAACAAUACUCUUAUCGCCCUUAGGAAUGUCUAAUCAUGCUUCCUUUUCCAAUAAUUUUAUCUUCUUAUUUGUUCAAAUGUUUCUACAAUGCAGUAUCUCUUUGCUUUUACGUUUUAAAUCCUUUUUAUAGCACCAGCUGAAACAACGAUAUCUGCACAAAUUGAAUUUUUCGGUAAUUUGAUCACUAUACAAGAAACCAACAUUGGCCGCGGAUGUUUGUGGAGGCUGAAAUUGUACUAGAAAAGGUGGAGCAAAGUUCCUUCUGCGGAAUCCAUGUUUCAAAUGCUUUGUCGACUAUAAAAUGCAAUCAUAUAUCGGCCACAAAUAAAUCGUUAUUGAUUGGUCCAGCGGCAAGUCGCAGUGGAAUCGACCACCAACCUAUCUUCAGGAUGAUUUUUACAACCAGCUUUAAAGCUAGCAAACUUGAUGAAACUGGACUAGUUUGCUAUCAGAUAGUAAGCUUAAGCACGUAACAGUAUCAAAACCAAUUGAAAGAUUUAUUUUUAAUUCACAUUUAUAUUGAGAAAGUCAAAGAGAUGAAGAAAAACAGCCUAUUUGGGUCAUAUACUGAGGCCCAAAUUAUCAUCUUCUUCAACUCAUACUUGAGGGUAAGAUAGAUGGUAAACGGCAGCCGGAAGGAAGCAAAUGUCUUGCUUGAGGAACUUGAGAGAGUAGAACAGGCCUGUGAAAUAUAGAAGAUCUGGUUCACACAACGGUAGGCAGAGAAGCCUACGAAAAUGUAAUCGUCAACAUCCAAUAAUAGUGGUUAGCUAUCAGAAGAAGACGAUAAACACUAAUUAUGUCAUCUACUAGGUGCUAAUGUGUGCUAGUGUUUUCUUUAGUGCUUGUUUUAGCUGGUGUUUGGUCAUGAUUUCCAAGAGAAGUAUUGUAGAUUUUCGAACGAGUAAUUUACAGUUUUAGCCGUUAAUAAUUUUCGCUAGUGUGCGUUUUUUAUAUCAUUGAUCACAGUCGGACUGUUAUGUUACUAAACUACUGGUUUGAAUUUUAUAUUCAGAUUAUUUAUCAAUGAAGUAUCGCUUAUUUUAUAUUCAAUGUACCUAUCUAUCAAUUGAAUUGGACACUAGAAGUAUGCGAUAUAUAAAUCUCCAGGUAUUUUCUCUAAUAAAAAUAAUCGUAUUUGUUUUCAAUUUUACAUAUCCAAAUUUUCAAAUAAAAUCAUUUAUUCACAGUUAUACGAGCUAAUUCAUAUAACAGACAAUAAGGGCUUGUCGUUUAUGAUUCUCUUCAUGUAUGAACAUUGUACAUAUUAUAUAAUAAUGAGAAAUGUAAAGUUUAUAUCUUUUGACUUUUUGUAAACAUUUAUGUAGUACGUUUUAAUAUGAAAUAGGUUGUUUUCAGGCGAGCGCCCUUUUGCCUCAGCAAAGGUCGAGCGUUUGUGAUUGAUGGCUCGAUUUACAGAACAUACCCCAAGACUAAAUGCGAACUUAGUUGUUAUUCAGUGGAAACAACAUGGCGGAUAUUCGAUGCCAGUUCCCUCGAUGUACGUGGCAGAACUAAUGUAUUUUCGCGGUUCAUUUGAAUUUACAACACAGAAUAUCUACUCUCUGUAAACAUAAACCAAUAAAUUGCAAAAUAAAUCAGCCUUCCAUGAAAAACAUCAUCAUUAUGUCCUCCACAACUGUUAUGCUUUUCAUAAUGAAAGCCUGUAGACAGAGGAAUGUCAUCAAAAAUAAUACACAGUGGCGAUCAAGUCAUGCAUUUCAUUCACUUGGAGCUUCAAUUGUUCCUUCAUAGUACCAUUGAUACCAGUUUCAAAAGGCAUUCCUUUUAGUGCUAAAACUGAAGGCAACUGAAAAUAAUUUGAUAAAUACCUAUACUAUGCU